CAAAUCCGUUCCUACCGUUAGGAACGUUACAUAAUAUUUAUCUACGUUGGAUACCGCGAAACCGAUGUGCCGCGAUAGACUUUGAGCAGUCAGUGUCUAGUAUAACGUGCGUUUGACGAUCCGCACAUUCUAGCAAGUUCAAUAGUUAAUCGAUAAUGGCGCAAAUUCCCAACCUUACAUUUUCCAAUGGUCACAAGAUGCCAGCCUUCGGUCUUGGUACAUAUCAGUCACGGGCUGGAGAGGUGGAAAAAGCUGUAAUGGAGGCGAUAAGUAUCGGAUACCGCCACAUUGAUACGGCGUAUUAUUAUCAAAAUGAACAAGAGAUUGGCGCGGCGAUUCAAGCAAAAAUCAAGGACGGUACCGUGAAGAGAGAAGAUCUCUUCAUCACAACCAAGCUUUGGAACAGUUUCCAUAAAGAAUCUAGCGUAGUGCCAUCGUGUAAGAAGUCUUUGGAAAAUCUUGGUCUAAGUUACGUGGACCUGUACUUGGUUCACUGGCCAUUUGCCUUCCAGGAAGGCGACGAUUUGUUACCCAAAGAUGCAAACGGUGCCCUUCUUAUGUCGGAUACCGAUUACCUCGAAACUUGGAAGGGGAUGGAAGAAUGCUCACGAUUAGGGUUGGCUCGUAGCAUCGGCGUCAGCAAUUUCAGUGUUGAACAACUCACGCGUUUACUCGGCGCAGCCAAAGUUUUGCCUGUGAACAAUCAGUUCGAGGUCAACAUAAAUCUCAAUCAAAAGCCGCUGAUAGAAUUUUGUACCAAAAACAACAUCACAGUGACUGGAUAUUCACCCUUGGGACAACCAGGUAACAGGGCAGGAAUAUCGAAUAAUUUGGAUCAUCCGAAAAUUGUGGAACUUUCGAAAAAGUAUAAUAAAACGGAGGCACAAAUCGCUCUACGCUACGUGUUACAACAAGGCAUCGCGAUCAUUCCGAAAACCGUAACACCCAGUCGAUUGAAAGAAAACAUGGAUAUAUUUGAUUUUUCCUUGACCCCCGAGGAAGUAAAUGCUGUGUCGACGAUAGCAACUGGCCAACGAGUUGCACGGUUUGGCGACGCCAAAAAUCACAAAUACUAUCCGUUCGAAAAGUAAACGUUUCAUAGUAAACGCGUGAAACGGCAGGAAACGGCUCGUCAAAUCAACACAAAUUAAUAGCAAGGCAUACCCCCUUUGAACUUACAUAAUCCCACGCCGUAAUUCGGCACUCGUUUGACCCUCGUCUAGUCAAUUAGGUUUAUUGAACGCCAUGGAAAAUUUUUGGUGCUCCGUUACGAAUGAUAGCAUACAAAGCAGAAAACGAGUCGGUAUAAAUUACCCUAAAUGCAAUAGGUAAAUCGAUGUUGUAUAUACUUAUACUGAAUAAAGAAAAUUUUAUAAAGA